AUGGACCCCGCCUCAGUCGACACCCCAAUGGGUGCAAAAACUUGCCCCGAAUGUGGACGCGUCUUCACAAAGCCUGCACACUUACUCCGCCAUGUGCGAAGCCAUGCCCAGCAAAAGCCGUUUGAAUGCUCCGUGUGCCGAAAGAGCUUCGGCCGCACCGAUGCUCUCCAGCGACACGAACGCACUGUUCACUCUGCGAAGCGGCAGCGCACGGACGAGGAAAAUGCAGACCUGUCCGAGGCAGGGUUUUCGAACGACGGCGACCCAGGCCAAUCCAGCAGUAACCCCUUUGCCACAACAUCCGAGGCGGACCGCUUUGCCGCCAACGCUGUCGCACUCCACGGCUGGUAUGGAGAGCAACCCGGGACACUACUAUCGCCCUCGACAGCCUUUGCUGGUAUUGAAGCGCAUGGAGAUGGCGACAUGUUUCACCCAAAGCAGCCUCCUACACCUAGCACUGGCGUACAUGGUCUGUUGUCGAACCAGGCCACCUUCCUCUCCUCCUUGCCCACCGCUAUGCCGACUACUGGCGCAGAGAUCAACGACAUGAUCGCCGGGUGGUUGAAUCCCAUCGGAGGAGCGUUGGCGACAGAGCACGCCCUUGCUGCCGUCUUCGCCGGUCCGACCCACUUGGCGUCCGUUGCAACCGGCGGUGGCUUCGAGUCCUACCCACUUUCUCUUCAGCACUCGUUAUCGAUGACAGACGACUCCCUGGGUGCUCAGAUGUUGGACAUGCAGGCAACGCCGCAGUCUCAGUACCCAGACGCCUCGUCACCUGUCGGCUCUAUUAGUGCACCUGACCCCCAUCGCCGCCCACCAUCCAUGUUGGCUAUCAACGGCGGUAGACCUGCUCGCAGAGCUUCUCGAACGGUUGUAACCGCCGACACGUGGGAAUCCGGCAAGUGCGUGUCGCGGUCCGCAAGCCGUCCCGAGUCUCCACAGCCCAGCUUUACAUCUCCAGAGCAGGUGGUUGGCCAGCUGGACAUUCGAGGACCCGAGGCCUCCAUGAAUGCGCACGACCGUGGAGAGGUUAUCCCGUCCAUGAAGUUUCUUGACGCAUGCCUUCACCUCUACUUCCGCGAUUUUCACCCCUCGUUCCCGAUCAUCCACAAGCCGACCUUCCAACGCGACCGCACAUCACCACUGCUGCUGCUCAGCAUGUGUAGCAUAGGCUGUAUGUUUGUUGGGACACAGGCAGCUCGGGACAAUGGCCUCUGGAUUUAUCAACGGUUGCAUGUUGCCACCGUGUUGGCACGAGACACUUAUAUGGCCACAGAGGCAACUCGCCUUGGAACGACUCUCAGUGCACUUUUGGGACAGGCUUUUAGCUUCCUAUACGGGCAGCCAAAGCAAAUGCUCACUGCAGAGUGUUUCCAUGGCACUGUCGCCACGAUGAGCAGGCGCAAUGGCCUGUUCACAAAAGUCAAGCCGAAUCCCAUAACAUACGACCUUGUUCAGCAUUUGGAUUCCGACGCCCUCGAGAGGAAAUGGCGACAAUGGGGACGCGAAGAGACCUUUAGACGAAUCUCUCUGGGUUUGACAAUCCACGGCGCCGAAUUAACCAUCUUCAGCGGGAUAGCCCGUCUCAUUUCCGCCCAGGUCUCUCGCGAAGACGGCUUCUCCGACGCGCUCUUUGAGGCAGAAGAUGCUCAGACCUGGCGUACUCUGCUCCUGAACUGUCAUCCGCAACGUACAUCAGAUCACCUUGGCACGCCCGAGACAUUCCUUCCCACCGUCCUCUUGGCCCAAAGCAUUGUCCAAAUGCACCAACUAAGCGAGUUUGAGAAGACGCCGUUUGGAGAUGACUUGCCCCUUCGCAAACUCUCUGGUUUCCUCGGCUACAUGAUGGAUCUCGCCAAGGACGUUGCAAUCCUGUCAACGCUGAGGCACCCUAUGGCAGUCGACACUCCAUCUCACUUGCGUGCCUUCUCUGCCCUCUGGCACUACACGUUCAUUGUGCGACUGUCGCCGCUCAGUCUAAUCGAAGAAGCCUCCGGCCGGGGAGGCACCCCCCCAAGCGAAACUAUUGCUGAGAUUCAAGCAUGGGUAAACACGCCAUCAGCGCGACUCGCCACGCUUCACUGUGGCCACAUUCUCCAUCAGACCGCAAACCUCACGGACUUGGGCUUCCUUCUUCCCCGGGCCAUUUUCCAGGCCAGCCUCGUUCUGUUGUGCUAUCUGUCUUUCGUCACAGCCUCAUACGACACCAACGACGUCGUCGAUGCUCUCCAAGUCGUUGACUGGAAGCGACUGGUGCAACUGUACGAUAGAAUAACAAACGGCAGUGUCAUUCAUCACAGCGACUCGAGUACCAGCGAGGAGCGCUACGUCGCGGACGGAACAUGUACAGUCCGAGUUAAAGGAUUGAUCGAUGGCAAGGAGAAGCAGAUGGACAUUUUUAGGCAACUUGCGCUCAACCAGCAACCGCCUUCUCAGAAGGUGCACGCCAUGGGCCAUUGGCGACAGGUUGGGUGA